AUGGAGACGCCCAUCGAGCGCGAAAUCCGUCGCAGCUGCGAACGCGAGGAGAGCCUGCGCCGGAGCCGAGGCCUGAGCCCGGGCCGCGCGGGCCGCGAACUCGUCGAGCUGCGCGUGCGGCCGGUGCUCAGCCUGCCCGGCCCCGGGCUCCCGCGUGCCUUGGAACGCGCGCGGGCGGGCGCGCAGAUGCAGAGAGACAUCGAGCGCGAGGCCCACCGGCAGGCGGCGCUGGCGCGCCCCGCGGCCCUGGAGCCGCGCGCCCAGCCGCCGCCGCCGCCGCUGGGCGAGCUCAAGCGCUUCUUCGAGGCCGCCGGGGGUAGCGGCUCCCCUGCGGCGGCGGAGGGCGGCGCAGGCCCGCAGCGAUUGCCGGAGCCCGGAGGCCGGCUGCGCUCGGCCGCUCAGGGCCGGUACCCGGUGCCGGCCCGCGCCCCGCCGCCUGUCGUGCCGUCGCUGCUGGAGCAGGAGGUGCGAGAGGUGCGCGAACGCGAGCAGGAGCUGCAGCGCCAGCGGCGCAGCGUCUACGGCACCGCCGAGUUCAAGGAGCCCGCGCCGAGCCUCACGGCGAGCAGGGGCGACGGAAAGUUGGCGGUGAUCUGGCCCCCCCGAAGAAAGGCCUCGGAGAACGGCCUGGAGAAGGAGGCGCGCAAACCUUGAUGUUUGGGCAGGCUGGGACCGCCGACCGGAAAUAACAUAACCGUCGGAAGAACCGAGACGGGGGACCCAGCAGUGCCCUCCGGAUCUGCAGGAAGCCUAGAGAAGGUCAGCCCUCUGUGCUGGGGAAGGUGAAAUUGACCAGCCCAUCCUUGAUCUUGACUUUGUGAAACUGAACGGUCCCCUCUAUAAAACUGUUUAGCUCCCGUUGGGAAACUGACCACUGCCCACAACCCCGCCAGUGAAACUGUCCUUCUCCGCCUAAUUGCAAACCGAACUGACCUCUUCCUUGACUGUUAGAGGGCCGGGGUCACCCCCUCGGCCGCUCCCCACCCUCC